AUGGAUCCAUCCCUGGACCCUAUCAACUAUGUCUAUCAGAAGGAAGCAGGCGAAGGCAUCAUCAUCUACCAUGUUGAAAUGGGCUGUACGUCUUAUAAAAAAUACUGGCACCUCAGAAAGGAUAAGAAAGGCAAGAGGAAUAAGGAUUGGAUAUCGAGAACUGACAAGCUCAGAAGGGAAUAUCCUUCGGCACGUAUUCGCGAAUCCAUUCUUACCCAGACAGCGAAGGACGAAGGUCUCAAGAAAAUUGGGGAUGAGGGGCUUCAACGGUCUUCUCCCCAAGGAGGAGAUCCUUCGCACUCUACUUGUGUCAUUCAAAGAGCGGCGGGGACAACCGGGGGGGCAGCCAAUAAGGCUACAGUGCAGCCCAUCAAAAUCGGCAAAAAACUUACUCUUGAUAACGUCGCUGAGGGCCUUGAGACGGCAGUCUCCACUAUCAAGUCCGAUGAAACAGCAGGGAAAGCCAUUGUGCUCCUGACAUCAGGGUUUAAGAAAGAAAUGGACUCCGGCAGUGCUAUCGACAGCUGUCGCGAUAGUCUCAAGGAACUAGUCAAGAUGGGUGUCCCUAUUGUUGCAUCCGCCGGAAACAGUGCCCAGAGCGCAAACAACCGUGGCCUGCGAAAGGCUGUUGACACUUAUCCACCGGUGUUGGGGAACGAAAUUCCCAUGAUUGUGGUUGGGAAUGUCAACUGGGAUGGGACCACAAGUCCGAGCUCGCAGGGCCAGGAUGACGACUCCAUUAGGAACCCGGAUAAGGCUUUGGUUCAGAUUCAUGCCAUGGGGGUUGGCAUAACAUGUCUGGAUAAAUAUGGCAAAGAUGACGGACUCCCUGGAUCUGGAACGUCCUACUCGGCCCCUCUUGUGGCAGGACAACUCGCUGUUUUGAUGUCUACCAAUGACCCAAUGCUGCCGUUCCACGGCAAAACAGGAGAAGACUUUGUGAGAUCAGCGAAAAAGUUCAUCGAGGAUGUGGCCCAAUGGAAGCGGCCGAGUGGGACUAGUGUGACAGAGAGGGACGGGAGAGUGAUCCAUGGUCAGAAUAAGGUGCUCUGGAAUGGUGUGUCUGCCAGGAUCCAGGAGUAUUUCGCAGCACCCGAAUGCUGA